GAUUUGUCUACGCGAGAGCGAGAGUUUACUUCUACAGCUUGCCACACCCUCAGAAAUUUAAUUAAUUUGAAGAAUUUAAAAAACUUAUGAACUUCAAUUAAAAUGAAGAGACAUGUUAUUUCCUUUUUUACACUUACAAUAGUUUUUAUGUCGGUUCUAAAAGUUAAUAGUCUCGAAUGCUAUGUAUGUGAAAACCAGGAAGAUAAUAAUGAAAAAUGUGUUAAAACUAUCGCAACGUGUGUUUAUGGUCAAGACGUUUGUUUGACUGAAAUUAGAUGGGGUAGUACACCAUAUUGGUCGCAAGGUGCUAAAAAACAGUAUUAUGUAUCAAAACGUUGUUCAAAUCGAACAGAAUGCGCAACAACCAGGGAACGUUAUAUGUCUUUAUGUACUCAUAUUUGGUAUCAAGAUUGGGUAUGCUCAGAUUGCUGUCAAGGCGAUCGCUGCAAUUACUACAUAAUAAGUGGAAAUGGUAACUUCAAACCAAUACUAAGUUUGCUGUUGGGAGGCUUUAUUCUUAGCAGGUUAAUAGAUUAAUUAUUUUUUCUGUAAUAUUACCUACAAAAAAGAUGUUAAGCACACACUGGUGUUAUAUCCACCCAUUUUAUUGUUGUGUUAUGUUUUUACAUUACAGUUCUGCUAUUUGGUAUAGAAAGUUAGUUGUAAAGGGACAUUACAUGUAAUAAAAUAAAUUUAAAAAUAUUUGUAGGAUAAGUAAUGUUAUUGAAAGCUAACAUUAGGGCAGUGGGGUAAUUUCUUCCAAGCUUUGAUACCUUCAUUAAACUAGGCUUGUUUAAGUUGCUUACAGGUCGUUAUUAUAAAAUGAAUAUAAUAAAUGUUAUAAGAAAUACAACUAAACAAUCCAAAUAUAAUGUCUAAAGUCAAAUAGUUAUUUUUUGUGGUAUUAAUAUGACAUGUGUAUUAGUUUAAAAUUUUAUGUAAUAUAUCAUAAUAUAUUAAUAUUCAAAUGGAUCAUUUCGAGUUUCAGCACUCUGUGAUCUGUGAGACCUACUCGGCUAAUGUUGGUUAUCAGAGAUUAUUAUACUCUUUGGUAGUAGGUCCUGUCAAUCGUUUGAUCUGGAACAUUCAAAAAAUGUAAUUGCAUUCAUCAAUAUUUUGAUGUGACCUGGGUCAAAUGAACUAAUCAUCUACGAUUCACACAUAUCUAGCAAUCACCAUCUUGUUGAGAUGUUAAUUAUCAGUGGUGGUCAGUAGUAUGAGACAUCUUGUACUGAAAUCAUUGAUUUGCCUGUUAAGCAUGACAAUACAAAUCCACCCUACAUAAGCAGAGGCCCAUGGCCAGAUGUCUUAUAAAGAACUGAUAAAGGAUUUUUAGAAACUACUAUGUAUUUUCUUUAUUGAAUAUGAUAUACAAUUAUGGAAAUAAAUACUUAUGAUCCUAAUUAUAAAUAUUUAAAAAAUGUAAUUGAACAUAAGGUAUAUUUUAGUUUUACCUUUGUAGUUUUACUUAGUGUAAUUUUGUCAAUAUUGACAUAUUGUGUUUCAGCAUUUAAAUGAAUUAGCAAGCAUUUUAUUUUAUUAUAUUUUGAACCAUCCAAAUGACUUUUGUAUGUGUAUUAAACUGUUUGUCUGAUAUUCCCCAUGUAAAUAUCAUCUACAGUCAAAUAUUUAUAAGAUGUGCAUAAUUUUAUUUUAUAUUCAUUAAAUCCGUCUAAAAUAUUCCGUCCAUAUUUUAUAGUCAUAAGUGUAAUUAUAAAUUUGUAAUAUUUACAACUUUU